AUGGAACGGCCGCCCGUCUUCUCACUGGAGGUUCUCGCCGACCGGGCGCUCGUGAAGGAUAUCGUAAAAGGUGUCAUCUCUACCAUAUUCUUCCAUCGUUUCUUCCCCACGGUUCGUCCGAAAACUCGAGACCUGCUCGACCUUACAUUGCCUGCAGUGGACGACCCCGAACUUGAGGAGCUCAUAGAUGAGCGCACGAACGUGCUCAUCAAGGCCAUAGAAGCCUCUACUAGUACUGGAUCAAAGCCUCAUCGGGGACAAAUAGCAGUCGAGUUCUACGAGAGAAGACCAAAGAAAGCAUGGUUUUCCAAGGCAGAGGAGAAAGUUUGUUGGGAACAGUGGGUGCUCAAUGUCACACUAGUUACUAUUAAGACCGACUCUGACCGCGCGAGGGCCCGAGCGUCACUUGAACACCAACUCCAGAAAGCGGUACUCGAGAUCAUUACCACGGCUAGUCUACGGAAGGACCAUAUCCCCCAAUAA